AUGCUCAGCGAGGGCAGCAGUUGGACAGCGGCGCUUGGUGACUCUGGUUCUGGACCCAGAGGUUCUAAACCGUUGAACGGUCCUUCUGAAGGGUUGUGGCCCAGGCGGCUACGGGAGGAGCAGCGCGGGAGACCUGGAGACGGAGGGCCCGGGGACCUCAUCCAAAACAAAGACCUGGGCAAGAUGCACAAGGCCGCCAGCGUGGGCGACGCAGCAAAAGUGGAGGAGAUGCUGUUGCUCCAGAAACAUGGCGUGGAUGACAGAGACAAGAUGAGCAGGACUGCUUUACAUUUGGCCUGUGCCAAUGGCCAUCCAGAGGUGGUGACUCUCCUAGUAGGCAGGAAAUGCCUGUUGAACCUCUGUGACAACGAAAACAAGACAGCGCUGGUGAAGGCUGUACAGUGCCAGCAAGAAGAAUGUGCAGCUCUUCUGCUAGACCAUGGUGCUGAUCCAGAUGUAAUGGACAUCGAUGGCAACACUGCUCUCCACUAUGCUGUCCUUGGUCAAAAUAUGGCUAUAGUGGAAAAGCUGAUUUCAUGCAUGGCGAAUAUUGAAGUGAAAAACAAGGAUGACCUCACACCACUUUCACUUGCUAAAAGUGAAAACAAAGAACAAAUGGUGGAAUUGUUGUUAAGUAGAAGUGCAAGUAUGCAUGCGGUUGAUCAGAUGGACAGAUAUUACAGUGUUUUUGACAGUAUCGUCAUAAAUUGCUAUGAUUUUGUCAGAUCUUCAAAGGAAAUAUCUCACGAAGAGUGCAAGGUCAAAGAGAAAAUGAACUCCAUGGAUGACCUUGAUUGCUUAACUCAGUCAUCUGAAGCAAUUUCAGAGCUUUGCCUGUCACCUUACCCCAAUUAUGAGAAUUUCAUGUUGCUAAUUAAACAACUUCGUAAGGAUUGUAAAGAUUCAGAUAACUUAUAUAAAAUCCAGAAUGCAGUUCUUUCAUAUGAAAGAUCAAUAGAACUUGGGAAAAAUCAAUGUGAAUUACUUACAGAAAAAGUGAAAACAAUGGAAAAUAGGGUUAGUGGACUAUACAAGAAGCUAUCAGAAGCAAGAGCAACAAAAUCACAGUUAGAGCAUCAAAAAGUGGAAUUAGAAGGAAAACUCUGCAGUUUGAGAUUUACCUUAAAAGAAGAAAAAGAGAAAAGACAAAAAGCUGAUCAAUUAUAUGAAAAGUAUAGGGAACAGUUAAUAAAAAAAGAAGAGCAAUAUAUUAAAGAGACUGAAAUAAACAGAGAACUUGAAACCACUCUUAGAACACUAGAGAUGGAAUUGCAGAUUGUGAGGAAGAAUUUAAGUCAGGUUGUAGGAGAGCGAAAUGACAUUCUGAGGCAACUUUCUCAAGAACAGAGUGCCAGAAAAUUACAAGAUGAAAAUCUGGCCGAGCUCCUUUGCAAACAAAGGGAGUUAGAAAAAACUAAUAAGGAAGUGAAUUCUGAGGUAUUUUAUUUCGUCAUUUUCAAAUGCCUUGGCUGCACCAAUUUUCAUUCCCAUCAACAUUGCAUGAGGGUUCCAUUUUCUCCACAUCCUCACCAACACUUGCUGUGUGUUGAUUUAUUGAUGAUAGCCAUUCUGACAAAUAAUGAUGAUCUUAUAGUGAAACUGAAAACUGCAUCUUCAAAAUGUGUAUGUCUGGAUGGAAAAAAUAAACUUCUUCAACAGGAGUUAUUAUCUAUGAAAGCAAUAGAAAAGAAAUGUGAAAAACUAGAGAACAAAAAACAGAAGUUGAAACAAGAAAUAGUAAACCUGAAAAGACAUAUGGAAAUGAACAUGGUAGAACUCAGUGAAGUAUUACUGUAUAAACAGAAAAUUGAAGAAAGAGCAAGAAGAGAUGUAGAAGACAAAUUAGAACAAGUCAAUCUAAUUUUACAGACACAAAUAGCAUCUAAAGAACUCUCAGAGCAGUUAAUAGAAUAUCGUAAUGCUUCAAUAAGAAGUGAUUUGGAACUCAGAAAUAAAGAUCUGGAAUCACAACUCUCCAAAGUGCGAAUUUUUUUAAAUGAUAGCAGAAGCGAAUUGGAAAAAUAUGAGCGACUCUACUUAGAAGAAUUGAAAGGCAGAAAGACAUUGGAAAGUGAACUAAUUGAGACUCAGGAGAGGCUAACAGAGGUCAGAACCGAACUUCUGCUACAGAAAGGGGAGAAUAGAUUUUUGCAUAGCACUCGUGAUAUGAUGCCAGUCCUGGAGACACCAUGUGCAGGAGAUCUUAAUAGUUUUGUGCCCAAUAGAUAUUCUGCUCCAAGAGAAAACUUGGAGCUUCCAACCUCAAGGCCAUGCACUUCAACUUAUGUAAUUAAGAUGUGGCAGGAGUUUGAAGAAAUACUAACAAGAGAACUAAAAGAAGAUGCUGCUGAGUUUGAAUCGGAAUCCUAUAGAGCUUGUCCUCUAGGAGCAAUUGAUCAGUCAAAUUCAUGUCAAGACCUACUUUUGAAAACGUCACGAAAAUAUACAGAGAUCUCGAAGAAAAAUUACAUGAUCUGAAACAUAUACAGGAAAAAAUUAUUUACUGAACUCAUAUUUUGUUUUCCAUUAUACACAUGACUAGUGGCCCGGUGCAUGAAAUUUGUGCACAUUGAAAGGGAAUUAAUUAGAUGAAAUAUUUUAAUAUUGCUAUUUGCCCUUUCUCUAUAAUAAAAGUGUGAGAGA